AUGAUAAGAUCCCUUUGCUUUGUUUUGGGACUAUCGGUGCUGAACUUAUGCUGGAGUUUUGAACAGGCUUCGAGAUAUGAUCCAGAUGAUCAGGACGAGUUUCCCUUUACUACGGUAGUUGACAUUCUAUGGCAAAAUGUGGAAUUCUCGACUUUUCUCAGAAAAAUCCAAAAGAGCGGCAACAUAAACUACUUGAACGAACUUGAUAACUUCACGUUUGUUGCGCCCAUUAAUUCUGCUUUUUCAAAUCACAGUGAAGCCGUGAAAAUAGAUCAUUAUCUCCUUCAUAACUACGUUUUGAACCCCGCGUCUUGGGAUACUGGAAUUCAUGUCCUGGUGACGAACGAUAGUACCCCUCAUUUACUGCAGUUGAAAAGCAACGGAGCAAUGUUUCUGAAUGAAGCUCCCAUUCUUAAAGAGGUCCAACAACCCAACAUGCAGAAUGCCACAAUGUACAGCACAACUUCUCUCUUGUCGAGAGCACAGGAUCUCGUCGAAGUGAUAGAAAGCAAUCCUCACGCUUCCUUCUUCUUCAAGCUCGUUUCACACCUGAAAGAUGAACGACUGCUUAAUCUGUUUGACCGAAGGACCGUCUUGGUUCCAAAUAACGCAGCAUUUGAAAAACAGUUCAACUCCUUGGAGCUAGAAUACUUAUUGGGCAGCGAAAAUCACGAGAAUGAUUUGCCGCUCCCGGGAAAUUUGUCAGAAAACCGCUUAGCAGACCGUCGUUUACUGAUAGAAAAGGUCUUAGUUGAUGGCCUCUUCGGCGGGCACUUUGAGCAAGUCGAGGUUUUAAACUUGAAAGGCGACUCGUUAGUCCUCAAUUCGCAUGCCAAUGGAAGCGAUAUUAGCGUAAAUGAUUCCUUGGCUACUACUAGCAAUCUGAUAUACAAGCCUGGCAUCGCGCACAUGUUCUCAGACCUAAACUUUUUAUCGCGAGGCUUUCAUUUUACGGCAGAGAAAUAUCUUAUAGGUUUGGGAGCCGUUCGGUUUGUGGAGGAAGUACACAUGAGAAAGCUUACGCAUCUCAUAAACGGAAGUUUCACGCAGGCACUUACGAUCUUUGUCCCAAUUGACACAAACUAUGACAGUCCUGGUUAUUCGAAGAGCAGCUUACUUUACCACUUCGUUGACACCGAGAUAGUUUUGACUGAUGGUCCGUCUGGCGAAAACUCACAUAAACUUUAUGACUCGAUGUUCUGUUCGUCAAAUAAACGCUUAGGGGGCAAAUGCCAGCGGUUGAAGAUCGAAAGCAGAAAUCAAGGUAAUCGAAGGGGGUUUUUCGUCAACAAAAAAUAUCGCGUAGUAAACAGCGCGCCUUUUAUGAUUGGAAAUACGGCAAUUUACCUAAUGGAACACGAAGUAAUGCUUCCUGGUGAUUUGCUGUCAGCAAUGGACCCAUUUUCGGGGUGCUCAAAAUCCAUGGAGUUUUUACGCGAACUCAACUUGUUAGAUCUUCGGCCAAACAACCGCGGCUUUACAGCUUUACUCCCAUGUUUCAAGUCUUGGAGCAAUUUUGACCUAAAUUUGGAGUAUCUAGAGCAUAACAUCUCUGCUUUAAAUUUAAUCAUGAAAAACUACAUUCUGAAUGAUCUGAUAUACACAGACACAGAUGAUAUGUCUUUUGUGACAUCCAACCUAUAUGACGAACCAAUUGCUGCGCGUUUGCACGAUGUUGAGUCUGACAGUAAUAGUGUGCUGCUGAAUCUGAGUUCCAUGAAUGAACCAAUCCAGCUAAAGACAAAUUUUGACACGUUUUUCGACCAGGGUGUCAUACACCCUAUAAGUGAUGUUUACUAUCCAAAAGCUCUAGACAUAUCUCUUCAAAACCUGUUAGAAACCACUCAAUCAUAUGACUUCGUCGCCUACCUUAAGAACUUCGACAGUCUCAAAGGCAUUUUUGACAACAGCAAUGAAUACUCGAUUCUAGUCCCAACUGCGCGGUCUUUGUUACUCGAGGACAUUGGUUUGAACUCGACCAGGUUAGAGGAGUUUUUGGGACUGCACAUUAUUUUCUCAAACUCCACACAGUCGCUUCUCAAGUGUGAAAAUAGCAUCAAAACGCUUAACGGAAAAUCUCUGAACUGUAGAGAAAGCUCCUCAAAUGCACAACUUUUACGAGUUGUAGAUGGUGCAGACAAAGAAGUGCGAAUUUUAAAGAAGGGUUGCUCCUCCUCUGACGAGAAUUCGUGUAUUUUUCUCCUUGAUCGGCCUAUCUCACUUUCUUGGCUCGAGAAAGAAGGCUACAAAAUAAGACUUCCGGGCACCGCUCUUGCGAUGGGUGCCCUUCUGGGAAUUUUGUUCAUCUUUGGGCUACUGAGUUGCGCCUUGAUGACCUUUGUACGAAAGCCAACACCAAACAACAACGAACCUGAACAGGGUGCCGCCGACCAAGAAAGGCUUUUGUCAUCAUCUAAUGUCAAGCAACGUAACGGGUACUCGUCAAUACCCCGCGGCGAUGCACCCGGUCGCCGAACUGAACGAUUAGACGGUACUUCUGUAAGGAAUCAUGAGCCAGGCUCUUUCGCGAACCUCUAUUCCGUCAAUACAUCCCGCGAACCACUUUCCAUAGAUGCGGGAGCAAACCAAAACCAAAAUUAUUCUUAG